AUGAGCGACCUUCAGCAAGCCCACAAAAGAAAGCGAUCUCAAUCCCCUCCAUGGCGGCGGCGUGACGACAACCGACAGUAUCGAGAACGAGACGCUUCCGGGAGGCGAGACCAUGGCCAGCCUCAACGAUGGUCUCAUAAGGAUCAGAUGAGAAUCAAUCAGCUACAAGAAGACGAGCGCAUGAGAGAGUGGGUUGCGCAAGAGGAUGAUUUUGUUCUCAAGCAGGCUAAGAAGAAGGCAGACAUCCGCGUCAAGGAAGGGCGGGCGAAACCUAUCGACUGGUUGGCAGUGACCCUCCGUGUUGUCGACCCGACCCGAAAUCCUCUGGAUGAUGAGGUCGACGAGAAAGACUUGGAUUUUGUCGACCCGGACAGCGUCUUCGAUGGGCUCUCUGAAAGCCAGCUCUCCGACCUGCGCAAGGGUAUCGAGACCUACAUGAACCUGGAGAAGAACAGGAAAAACAGGGACUAUUGGCAGACAAUGCAAAUCAUUUGCAAGGAUAGGCAGAAGAAGCUACGUGCGUCAGGCCCUGAAGGAAGGGCCAUGAGCUCUGUGGCGUCGGACAUUGACAACCUCUUGAGCCCCAAGUCCUACGAGCAGCUGGAGGUGUUGGAAGGACAAAUAAGGACCAAGCUGGAUUCGGACGAACCCAUAGAUACGGACUACUGGCAACAAUUGCUGGAUAGCCUGCUGGUCUGGAAGGCAAAAGCGAAGCUCAAGAGAGUAUGUCAGGAUGUGCUCGAAUCGCGGUUGAAGAAUUUGAAACAGGAAAAUGAGCAGAAAGCACUCUUGGCGCAGCAAAAACUUCGGAAUGCCGGAGUCGAGCCCACAACUGCCAUCCAAUAUUCGAAGGGGCUGGACCCCGACCCGUUGCUGGAGAUCUCGACCAAAGACAAAGGCCUGGAGGUCGUGGAUGAGAGUGCCUUCCUACAAAGUGUGGCAGCAAGCAGAAAGAAAGUCAUAAACAUGGGCUACGUCCCAGCGCCGAAAGCAAGUGCCGCCUCGACCGCGACAAUCUCGACUUCUACACAAUUGCGUCCCGCGGCUAAAACUAUUGAUCCCACCAGCCGGUUUGAUCAGUCGACAGACGAUAUUUCCGCGACCACGAAGGCCCUCUUCGACCGAGAAGUGGCCAAAGGCGUCAGGGAAAACGAGGAGAUAUUUGCUGGCGAGGAAGAGACCUCGUCCGAGUCCAAGCCGCUCUGGAUGCAGCAAUAUGGCGGCAAGUAUCGUCCGCGGAAACCGAAAUACUUCAACCGGGUCCAGAUGGGCUACGAAUGGAACAAAUACAACCAAACUCACUACGACCACGACAACCCUCCUCCGAAAGUUGUGCAGGGCUACAAAUUUCACAUCUUUUAUCCCGAUCUCAUCGACCCUACCAAAGCACCCACAUAUAAGAUCAUCCGUGAAGGAGGUCGAAGGAAGGGCCAAACAAUGGCUCCCGCGGGACAAGAAGAUACCUGCAUCAUCAGAUUCAUGAGCGGGCCGCCAUAUGAGGACAUCGCUUUUAGGAUUGUGGAUCGGGAUUGGGAUUACAGCGCGAAGCACGAACGUGGGUUCAAGAGCACAUUCGAAAAAGGAGUAUUGACGCUUCAUUUCACUUUCAAGAGAGUGGUGUAUCGGAAGUGA